AUCCCUGUGCAAAAACUUUGAACAGCGCUCGAGUCUGCGAAAGUUAGAGUGACCAUGCAAAUAGCUUACCGACACAUUUCGGAUAAGCUGCAAGAAAAGUAAACAAUAAACAAAUAUUUAAAAACAACUAAGAGCCGAGAUGCGAAUUCUAAACUGCCGCCUUUGCUAUGCCCCAAUUGACCUUUUUGAUCCAGAAAACGGACAUCUAGUUCGUCAAAUUCAUUCCAUUACUGGAGUCGAGCUGCACUGCAUGAAGGAGAUAUCCGGCCAAAUGUGCACUGUGUGCCUGGGCGAUCUGCAGGCAGCCAUUAAGUUCCGCCAGCGCUGCAUCAUAGCCGAGAAACAAAAUCUGGAAAGGAUUGAGUGCGCAAGCAGGUAUUCGCCCACAGACCCAAUAUUAUAUGAGUACAUUGAUGAUAAACAAAUUGAGAGCGAAUUGGACGAGUCCAUUUUAAGUCCUGAAGUAAAAGAUCUUCCAGAACGAACUUCUGAAAAGCUCUCAGCACCAGUUGGUUCGAACCAUCAAACGCCAAUUGGAGUAGAUUCUGGUCCAUAUGAAUGCCAAGAUUGCGGAAAGACUAUCAACAACAAGGCGAACUUUCAGGAGCACAUUCUCAGGCACACGGGAAUCAAGAAUUUCUAUUGUGAUUUUUGGGAUUGUGAAAAGAGUUUUGCCACUCGAAAGGAACUGACCAGUCAUAUGCGUACCCACACGGGCGAGCAGCCAUUCGUGUGCGUCUACUGUCCACGCCGCUUCUCGUCUUCAAGCGCCCGUCAGGAGCACCAUCGCCGCCAUCGAAACGAUCGCCGCUACGAGUGUGACAUGUGCGAGAAAAGUUUUGUGAGUUCCGGAUGUCUCAGCAAGCACAAGAUGACCCAUGUGGCCACACGGAAGCACUACUGCUACGUUUGUCAGAAGCACUUCCAACGGAUCUCCCAUUUGAUGACCCACUUGUCUACCAGUAUUCAUAAGCAAAGAGCGGAGAAGGCAGCGGCAGCUCAGGAAGCUUGCCACUUAACAAUGUAGCUGCCUAUCUAGUCACUUAGUUUUUUAGUUAUAUGUAAGAAACUUAAUGUUCAGCGUCCUUUGUUCGACAAAGUUAUAACAAGGAAAAGGACAUUUAACUACGGGAUAUUCCUUGAAAUCAAUUUUAUGCCAGUAUUUAGCAUUUCUGACAUUUGUAGCAGAAAAUAUUUUGUUCAUAUUCUUGUUUCCCUAAGAAAUAGAAGAACAAGCGAAUCCAGCCUGCCUUGUAAAUGCAGCUUUCGUUAUAAAACGUUACAAGUUCUAAACAUAUUUACUUGUCCUAUAAAAAAGAUAUAUUAAUCCUGUGCCAUUCGAAUUUUAUGUCAAGUUGUAUCUUCCAAAAAUUUCAAGUCUUCGACAAAGCACAAAGAAAAGAAACAUAAACAACGCACAUACAUCUAGUGGCCAUAAAGAAAUGAAAACUACCAAAUAAACGCACAAAGUCAAGCUCGUGUUCCAGCUUUAAUAAUAUAAUAAUAUGAGUAUGUAUUAAAAAAGUAUUACCCAAAUCAACGAAACUAAAAGGUGUACGCCAAAUCGUAAAAAAAAGAUAUAAUAUAAUUUACAUUUAUUAAAUCUUUAAGCUAUUUAAAAAUACUAUUCUCCCAAUUGCAAAUUUGAAAAAAAAAAAAUAUUCAAACAAGUUGUUUAACAAAAUAAUAAUAUUACAAAUCUGAUUAUGUCACACAUCCGGUCGGACCAUUUGUACUCUUUUUAUUUU